AUGCCGAUGCAAUAUAUAAAUAUAUAUGAAAAAUGUUGGAGUCCAGAUCCUUCAUUAAGGCCUGAAAUUUCUGAAAUAUUUAAUGGUCUUAAAAAUCUCAAUGAAGAACCGAAAUAUACAGAAAAAGAUAUCCCAUCGACAGAGAAUUUAUCAUAUAGAUAUCAUUUUGAUGUGGAAAAUUUGCCUGAUAUAGUUAUACAACAGGAUGGAAAUUCCACGAAUGAAAUGCAACUGUGUAAUUUCUUAACAGAAUUGGAUCUAUCUAUCAUUUCAGACACUUUUUCACCAUUAAUCGAAGAAACUUAUCAAAUUGAAAAUUUUUGGAAGUCUUAUGAUAACAUACAACUUAAUAAAAGAACAUGUAAAAAACUAGGCAUAUGCAUCAUUGAUGCUGUGUACAAUGUUAAAAGGCUUCCAUAUCUAGAUCGCUAUGAUGAUUUCUUCACAUUGGAUAAUUAUAUGUCUUUUUAUAAAUUUCUUCAAAACCUUAAGGUUAUCAAAAGUUUCAUCGAAGAUAUCUCUCAAAUAAGAAGAUUAAAAUCUUUUAUUCAAGAGAUUGAUUCGGGUAUUUCAUUGGAGAGAUUAAAAGAUGAAUAUGUCAAAUUACUAAAAGAAUUUCAUGAAUCCACAUUAUCUCUUGGGUUUAAUAUUCAAGUAGAUAAUAACAUCAACGAUAUAAACAAAGAUAUUGAAGAAACAAAAAAGUUUAUUCAAGCAUUUGAAUGCAAUUUUGAAGAUAAUUCUAUAUUUCACUUUAUCGACAAGAUAAGUGCCGAUAUUCAAAAUAUUGCCAAUCAUAAACUGGUUGAAAAUGAAAUCAUUCAAGAGUCAUACAACAGCGAAAUAGUCAAAUACAUAAAAUUUAGUCCACCUGAAGUGAAAUCAUUAUCUGUUCAAAUGGCACUUUUAAAAAAUUUAAAAGGUUUAGUCAAUAUAUCCAAAUUUUAUGGAAUAAAACAUGAAAGCCAAAUGGAAAUAACCAUCGCUGUUGAAUGGUCACAAUAUGGAGAUUUAAUGGCGUAUUACAAGGCAUACAAACUAAAUACUCCGCUUAAGCUAAAAUUCGCAUUAGAAAUAUGUAAUGGAUUAGUGUUUCUAAAUUCUAUGAAUCGAGAAAACUUGAUGGGUGUUGGAUACAUAGUACCAGAAAUAUUUCAUCGAAACACACGAACACAUACUCAACAAUCAUCCACAUAUCUACACGAAGGAUAUGAAUAUGGUUUCAAGAGCGAAGUUUAUAGUUUUGGUGUACUUUUAUGGGAACUCGCACAUGAAAAACCUCCAUAUAUGCAUUGUGAUUUCGAUAAAAUAAACCAUUCCCUUUAUAGCAACUACUUAUUAAAAAACUUUGAUAAAAGUCUUGUGCCGAAAAAAUACGUGGAUAUUAGUAUAAAAG